CGCCACUUCUUCUUCUUCUUCGACCGCAAGAACAGGCGGAAACAAGCCUCCAACGUCUCCUCAUUCAAUUCAGCAACUGAAAGAAUUCUGCAACAGGAAAUAGCGCUCUAGGCGACACACAUCAAGUAGGAGAAGAGGGGAGAACGACAACCAGACAAGGUAGAGCCGCGGCUCAGGCCGCGGUGGCGGACAGCCGGCAGACGCGAACCGGCGGCGGCAGCAGUUCCGGCGGACGGCUCCGGGCAGAGGGGGCUCAUCCAAUUUUCUGUGAGGAAGGGGUUUGUUGGAGUAUUCACCUGCAGUUCCUAAGUUGUUACACUUUUUGGUAGUUAGUAACUGUGAAAAGCAACAUGCAUGACAAUAAUAAAGUAGAGGCAACCUCUGAGUGUGGCUGGAAAAUUGUUCACAUUCCGUAUAAACCUCCCGUUCUGCCUCACGUACAACCCACUGUUGAUGUGUAUGCUGCUGAAAUUGACCCUAAAGAUGCCAAUAUUUUAGUAAGGAAGUUAAAUCAGAUCUGCCCAAUGGAAAAUAUGCGGCAUGUAAAGCGUAUACGCAAGAAAUGCAAUGAUGGAGGAAAACCUCAGUUAUCGUUGCUUUUAUCAGUGUCAAAUGAAGAUACUGGUGGCAUGCCAUGCAAUGUGCAGGAGCUUGUUAAAGCAUACCAAUUGAGUACCUUCAUACAAAAAGUCUGCAAGUAUGCUGCAUCAACAAAAGAAGAAUGGGAAGAACAGUGUAAGCUGUGGCCGACUUCCUUCCAUCCACCAACAUAUAAUAUCAGUGGAAUAACAGGAUUUGAUGAAGUGGAAUCCCAACUAGUCUUCAGCUUCAUGCGAUUGGCAAUCAAUCUAGCAAAAUCCAUUGAUGGUCCGGUGAUCAAUGCUGCCAUCAUUGUGGACCCUUCCACUAACCAGGUGAUCUCAAGUGCAUGUGAUGAAGUUAUCUCUUUGAAUAGUUCCAGAGAUGAGGCCAAGGAAGGCAUAUGCUGCUCUAGGCAAGCGGAAGCUUCUUCGCACAACAAAGCAACUGAUAUGGAGGGCCAACCAAAAUUGUUGGCAGAUGGUUCAACAAAUGGAAUUCUGUCGGUCAAUGAUAAUGUUUCAUGUCUACAUCCGUGGAAGUGGGCAGCGGAUAACCAAUUCAGUGCCAGCUUUAGUUUUUGGCAUCCUUUACGGCAUGCACCAGUUGUGGCUAUUGAACGUUCCGCUGCAAGGGAUAGGCAACUUUUUACAAAUACAGGAAUUAAUUUUGUUCAAGAGGAUUACUUGCUGGUUUCUCCUCUUGUCGGUUCUCCAUCAAAAAAGCAAAAGGUCAAUCCAACAGAUGUUGCGAACAGUUUGGAUACUCAAAAUGUAAACCAUUCUGAGUCAUGCAGACCCUAUUUAUGUACAGGCUAUGACAUCUACCUUGUCUGGGAGCCAUGUGUCAUGUGUGCAAUGGCCCUAGUCCAUCAAAGAGUUAAGCGUAUCUUUUAUGCUUUCCCUAAUCCUGAUUGUGGUGCAUUGGGAAGUGUUCACAGAUUACAAGGGGAGAGAAGCUUGAAUCACCAUUAUGCUGUUUUCCAGGUUUUGUUGCCCCAAGAUGUUUUUUAAGGUUAAGAGCCCUUAACCAUUAGAUUCAGGAACUACUUUGAUUUGAUGAGAUCAUGAGAAUCGAAAUUCAAGUGUAUCAUUUUAGCAAAUAUAUACUCUGACCAAUUUUAGGGUCUAAUGCUUCUAAUAUGUGUACUUAUCAUCAUUUUUAAAAAAUCUUGUAGUUGUCC